AUGACCGACAUCAAAACCAAAUACCAAAUAGAACCCGGUCAACCCUCCCCUCUCCCUAACUUCACCCGCUACAUCACAACCCACAACCCCUCCGGCGAAGCAACCAUCCAAUCCGAAUCACCCGCCUCAUGGAUCUCCCUCCGUGAAAAGAGCAUCGGUUUCAGCGUCGCGUACACGACCUCCGAAUUCCCCGCAAACUUAAACAAUGACACCGACCUCGUCAAAAACCAAGAGGUCAUGGACUCAGAGUCCCUAGGACUUGUCAACCCGGGCGGAACAGUCUGUCGAGUAGUGGACUUUGCGCCAGCAAGUCCCGGAGUGAUGCACCGGACACAGAGCCUGGAUUAUGGGGUUGUGCUGGAGGGCGAGAUUGAGAUGUUGUUGGAUUCGGGGGAUAGGAGGUUGUUGAAGAGGGGGGAUAUUGCGGUGCAGAGGGCUACUAUGCAUGAGUGGCGAAAUCUGAGCAAGACGGAGUGGGCGAGGAUGGUGUUUGUCUUGCAGGAGUGCCAGCCUGUGGUCGUGGGUGAUCAGCAGUUGAAGGAGGAUUUGAAUGGGAAUGAUGAUUUGAAUGGGAAUGAUGAUUUGAAUGGGAAUGAUGAUUUGAAUGCGAAGUAG